ACCGCCGUCCGUCAUCUCGCCAAACCGCCACCACCGGAAGCAAGCUCUCUCUCUCGCGAUAACUCUCUCUUCUCUCUCUAAUAUGGCUCCAAAAAGAACCCGAACAAGUGAAAAUGCCAAUUCCUCUCAAAAGCGAGAAGGUUCUCAAAAGAGGGAUAUGCGAUCCGGAACAAUCACUGAGAUUUUAGAGGCACCAACCGACGAUUUGAUAGAGGGACCGAUGAAACCCGUGAAGAUUGAUAGGCACGACGAGGCCUAUGCGAAAGCUCGACAUCUAAACACGAUCAAACAAUGGGGAAGCAAGUUCGUAUGUGAUCGCACUACUCGGCUGCUGGGAAUUCAAGCGAACGUAGACUACAUCUUUGAGAAAUUGGGCUGGGAGAGACUGUACAAAAGUCCAGAACCAAUCUUUAGAAGCAUCAAUCGGGAGUUCCUCGCGACCUACACUUGCUACUUCCCCGAGGACAAUUCCAUUGAGGACGCCUACAUGGAAUUUCGGUUGAACAAAAAAUGGGUGCGGCUCAACAUGUCCCAGUUUGCGGACAUCCUAGGCGUCCCCAAGGGAAUACACUCGCUCAUAUCGACGACAUCCGCCUACGUGUUCCAAGAAUUCUGGCAGAAAAUAGCCAUCCAAAAAUAUUCCAGUUCUGCAGACAAGAUUUCUUGGAUCCAGCACCCGGCGAUCAGAUACGCCCAUCAAUUCAUGUCUAACUCCAUAUUUGCUCGUGACGAACCGGAUAAGAUCCAUAGGCUCGAGAUGGGUUAUCUCUAUUUGGCGCUUCAAGAAUUUCAUGACGGGCUAUCACUCGAUGGAUGUGUGCGAGGGGGAUGGUCACCCAUGGAUUUGGCAUCAAGGGUAGCAAUCCAUUUGUACAACAUGGCCAACACGAAGGCUAAGGACGUUAAAAUAUGCGUUGGGGGAAUCAUCACAAAGAUAGCUCGGAGGGUAGACACGGGGAUUAUAUUCUACAAAGAAGACAUCAUUGAUGGAUAUGAUGCUCUAGGAUGA